AUGUCUUUGUUCUUUGACAGAAUUUCUCAGAUCAACAAUAAUAUCUUGUGUAUAAAAUUUAAUAAAAGAAAAUUAUAUCCAUAAGAAAUUUAAGUAAUUUAAAAGAAAAUGUAUAACUAAACACCUUAAUCAUAGUUUAACUCUAAAUAAAAAGUUGAAACCAAAACCAAAGAUCAAGAAUCAUAUGAGGAUUUCCAAGAAUAGUUGUAUUUACAUACAUAAUAAUUAGGUUUUAAUACAAUGAUUAAUAAAUGUCCUAGUCACUAAACGGAGGCAUCAAUAAAAUCAAAAUCGCUAAAGAUACGAAGGCUAAGAAGAAGAAUCUUUUAAAAAAUGAACAAAGAGCUGAACUACAAGAUUAAAGAAGGGCAUAAUUAUAAAGUGCUAAUUAAUAAAAAUAAUAAAUUCCCAUAAAAUAAUAAGUGCCAGUUUAGCAAUAACAACCAAUUUUAAAACAGCAAUAGUCACAAGUUUUAUCUCAAAAGCCAUAAUAAUUUGAGAAGAAUAUUAUUAAUAGACCUUAAACUUCAACUUAGGAAAUAUAGAAGUUAGCUAUGUAUGGAACAGGCAGAGGUUUUUAUAGUGAUGAUGAUGCUAUUUUAUAUUAAUAUCACAAGUAAGUUGGACUGAAUUUAAAUCUCGAGGAGUUGAUAGAUUUUAGAGUUUAAGCAUAAUAUGAUUAUUGUAAAUUAAAAAAAUCAGAAAGUUAAAGAUUGCCAGCGAUGGUGAGUAUUAUCACAUAGGAUAUCUAAUAGCAUGCUAAAAAUAACUCUUCAAUUGAGGCUGGUAUUGAUUUAAUGUGUGUUAUUGAUAAAAGUGGAAGUAUGAACGGAGAAAAGAUCGCCAGUGUUAAAUAAUCUCUUGUCUAAUUAUUAGAUUUUCUAAGUGAAAAGGAUAGAUUAUGUCUUGUAACCUUUGACGGAAGUGCUUAAAGACUUACUCCUUUAAAAACUUUAACAUAAGAGAAUAAAAAUAAUUUUAAAAAGGUUAUAUCUGCUAUCAGAGUUGGUGGAUCAACUAAUAUAGCAGCAGGAACUGAGAUUGCUUUUAAGUAAAUCGAAUAAAGAAGAAUGAAAAAUUAAGUGACUUCCAUAUUUUUAUUGUCAGAUGGUUAGGCUUAAGGAGCCACUGAGCAUAUCUAAAGAUAGAAGGAUCAAAUUGAAGAUGUAGUUACCAUUCAUUCAUUUGGAUAUGGAAGUGAUCAUGAUCCUGUUUUGAUGUCUAAUAUCUGCAAAGUAGGACAAGGAAGUUUUUAUUAUAUUGAAAAUGUGAAAUUAUUAGAUGAAUUCUUUGCAGAUGCUUUGGGUCGAUUAUCUUCAGCUUUGGCAGAGAAGGUCUAAAUUGAUAUUAAGUGUGCUCCAUUCAUUCCUUUUCAAGAUAUAAAAAUCUAAAAAACCUAUGGUGAUAUGUGGAAACCUCUAGAAUAAGAAAGACUUUACUAAAUCAAAAUUCCUUAAAUUGCAUCAGAUUCCAGGAAGGACUAUGUCUUUGAAUUAGCACUCCCCCCUUAUAGUGAGUAAAUCCUCGAUGAAUAGAGAGUCCCUCAAGUAGUUCAAGUAUUUUUGUAAUUCAGCAACACAUUUUCAAAAUAAGUUUACUAAAAGGUUUCAUUCUUAUAACUUAAAUUGUAUAACGAAGAUGAAUAAAUUGGAGAGAAUGAUGCGAAUGCAGAUGUCACCAGAGAGUUCUUACGGGUUUAAGCCACUGAAGUCAUUGAUUUAGCAAGAAUGAAAUGUGAAUAAUCAAAGAAUGAAGAAGCAGAAAUGUUAUUAGAAUAAAUGAAAUAAAGAAUUCUCAUAGAUUAGAAAUAUAAAAAAGUCUCUGCAUAAGCCAUUAUUGAUAUUGAUUAAGCUAAAAAUGCCAGUAAAAGAAAGAAUUAUGCUAAUUUUGGCAUGAAAUAAAUGUGUUAGAUGUCAGUGAAUAAUUACUAAUAAGAAGGGUUGAAUGCUCAAUUUAAUUUUCAAGGAUAAUAGAUUCAAUAAGUUAAUCAAGGGAUGUUUUAAAACAAGAAACAACUAAAGAUGGUAUAAGAAGUGUAGAAAAGAAAACCUUGA